AUGUCCCCCACCGCCGCAAAAAAGUUAAAGCACAAAAGUUCCAUGACUCCUGUAAUUUUUGCCGAAUCAAAUGACGGUUUUUUUGGCAAAGUCGUUGUGCCAACAAAAAAUAUUCACGUCUUGUUCCUCAUACCGUAUUGUGCGCGGACAGGGACUGAAAAUGUGGAUUUGGAUCCAGGUACAUUCAAUAUCACUUUCAGAGGCAAAGGAGGACUGAAAUCGAGGAGAUGUGAUUCGAGCUCCGAACUUCUAUGUUUUGACAUUGUCCCUGAUAUUGUGUUUUUGCAAAUCGGCGAGAAUGAUAUUGCUGCAACUACGAACAGUAAGAAAUUAGCUGAGGAUAUAAUUUCAAUCACACAAUAUCUUUGUGAUGGAGUCGGGGUCAGAUUAGUCAUCAUUGGCCAGUUGAUUCGCCGCAUGCAAUUUGCGUCAUGUAGAUACUUCAAUAUCACGGUGAUAGAGACGAAUAAACAUUUGAAACAGCUAAGUGACCCCCUGUGUAGUAUCCAUUACUGGAGACAUAGAGGGUUUUGGAAUGACCUACAUUAUCUCGGCCCAGAUGGUGUCCAUCUGCUCUGUACCCCCGACGAGGACGAGCCCAUGCGAACAUAUCGCCGCAGUAUCAGGAAUGCGGUAAUACUGCUUUCAAAACUUAUAAAGCCAGUAUAA